AUGCCUCCGCGGAAGGUACUUCGAAGAAGUCAUAGAAAAAGUCGGCUCGGCUGUCAGGAGUGCAAGAGACGCCACAUCAAGUGCGAUGAGGCACAGCCCACGUGCGAGAAUUGCACGCGCGAUGAUGGCACCUGCUCGUAUUUGCAGCGGCUACCAGACUCAUUUCAACGCGCAGUAUCCAGCCAAUCGCCGUAUGCUCCUUCUGAACCAGCUUCAUCAAGAUCUUUUACCGCCGGAUCCAGGUCGCAAGGUGUACCGAGCGCAGUGGAGCACAGCAAUACGCCGUCACCAGCCGUAGUCUCUUCCGUGGAUCUGUCUUUCCUCUCUCCGGCAUCGUCGUCACCGUAUGGCUCAGACCUCUCUUUCAGCCUGCGACAUAUGCAAUUGUUCAGCCACUUCAUCUUCGAGACGUUGCCAAGCCUCAAAGAAACGGGGUCGAUCGACAAUGGGCAAGCACGUGCCCUUAUGCCAGCGGUUCUGUCAGAGCCAUAUACCAUAUACCAACUUCUGGCCCUUUCCGCCAUGCAUGUUAGCUACCAAAGCCCUGAAGAGGCGAUCUGGCAUCUCGAGGAGGCUAGAGCUCUCCAAACGCAGGCAUUGUGCGCCUUCAAUAAUGCAUAUAUCGAAGUUACGGUAGACAACUGCGUGUCUAUCAUGUCGUUCUCCACCCUGAUUGGCUUGUACAACCUUGCUGAUGUCGCUGGAAAUGCUGAUGUGGGUGCCGGCGGAGUCUUGGACGCGUUCAUUACGUACAUGAACUUGCAUCGAGGAGUUCGAGCCAUCAUAUCGCAAUCCUGGAGAUUUCUGAGCCAGACCAGCGUUGCCCCUCUUCUAGAGCAAACCACGAGUGCCAUUGAUCAUGCACUCUCCUGCAAUAACCGGACAGCAGUAGCAGUAGCUGACCGCCUGUCCAACUUGCUAGAUCACGCGGACAUGAGCGAGGAAUCUCGACAGGUUUGUAGUGCGGCCGUAUCUCAGCUGACAGUCGUAUACCAGACAGAACAAGACGUGGUAAAGCCGUCAAAUCAGCCGCCUGAGAAUGGUUUACUCUGGGUGUUUCCAAUUAACCUCUCUAGCGAGUUCACGGCACUUUUAUCUAUGUGCAAGCCGGAAGCGCUUAUAAUCCUUGCCCACUACGCGGUUCUUUUGCAUCGAAGACGCCGGGUGUGGCUAGUCGGCAACGUCGGCAGGAUACUCAUCGAGGAGAUUUCGAGAUUCUUGGGUACCUUCUGGAGGACUUACCUCGAUUGGCCGCUAGCGCAAUCCCACGGCGAUACGUAG